AUGACUACGAUAGCCUCACGCGGGCUACGGCCCAACGCUUCCCUCCCCGCCAAGGUCCAGAGCAUACCGCCAAACCAAACAAUUUAUAUUACAAACCUGCCCUCUGCCAAGAUACAAAAAGAAGACCUGCGAACAGCGCUCUACAUGCUCUUCUCGACCUUUGGACCCGUCCUCGACGUUGUCGCCCUCAAGACCAUGUCCAUGCGCGGCCAAGCACACGUCGUCUUUCGAGAUGUUCAAGCCGCCACCCAGGCCAUGCGCACGCUAGAUGGCGAGGAGUUUCUGGGAAGACCCUUGAAAAUCCAAUACGCCAAGUCCAAGUCCCAUUUCAUCAGCAAGAUCGACGGCACCCUGAUGCCCCCUUCCAAGGGCGCCGCCGCCGCCGAGCAGACCGAGCUGCAGCAGAGCAUCUUCAACGCGCCCCCGGCUGGCACCGCCGCCGCGACGACGACGGCGACGGCGACCCAGGCCAAGCCCCCGAGCGCCGUGGACCACGCCAUGAAGGACGUCAGCGGCUCGCCCGAGAGCCGCGGCCAGAAGCGCAACCGCGACGACGAGAGCGAGCCUGAGGAUAGCGGCGAAGACAUGGCCAUGGACGAGGACAGCGACGACGAAUAG